AUGAAGUACCCAUUGUGGGUUCUCUCUCUUCACCUCCUUUGUCCCUACAGCUACCAGAAUCAUGGUUUGGAUGGGCAGGAGGAAUUCAUGCUUCUUGCUGGACCUUUAACAGACAACUUUGCCAGCAACUCCGACAAUGAGGCAAAUAACACCUUCGACUGUACUCAACCUCUACCUAAACGCUCCAGAGACUACUUUGGGUACCUCCAGAGCAGGGGGGUCACCCACUUCAAGGUACCUUUGUCAUGGACUCACCUCCUGCCAACAGGCCUCUCCAGCCAACCCCAGCUGUCCGUAGUGACCUGCUAUCAGACUCUGCUGAGACAACUAGUGGAGGUGGGUCUCCAGCCUCUGGUUGUUCUUCAUGGCUCUACUGUACCAGAGGCCCUCAGAUCAAAAUAUGGAGACUGGGAGAGCCCGAAGUUGUUGGAGGCGUUUAAACAGUAUGCAGAGUUUGCCUUUCUAGAGUUUGGAGAACUCGCACAAUUCUGGAUAACACUGAGUCGCCUUGAUGAUCCAAAGGUUGAAAGGCAACCAGCAGAUGUUGCCAGGUGGCUAAAGAAUAUCCUCCAGGUUAAUGGUGAAAUUUAUCAGCUCUAUCAUCGUUUGUUUCCGGGCAAAAAUAGACGUGUGUCACUGGGGUUGAGUGCUGAGGAUGUUUUGAUUCUUUCACGGGUCAAAGUCCCUGCUAUGGUGGACUUCCUGUCAGUGCAAACUGAAUACGACUGUUCAUCUCAAUCAAACCUUGCAGAGGAGCUAAGGAGCUUACAGAGGUCCAGUGGACAGAUACCUAUCCUGAUAUACAAGAUGAACUUUAACGGCUGUUUGUUUGAUCAAUUCUGGGCCCUUGGUAAUAUCUUACAAGCUCUGAUCAACAAUGACUUUAAUUUUUUGGGGGUUGACAUGAUGGAUAUGUUUGGUAAGCUCAACAUGGCUGACUCUCCAAACAGUAUUGUGGACUACAUUGGAAUGGGCACUUCUGGAAACAGUUACCAGGCUGUGUGGGAUAAGUUUGGGUCUCAGAUCCCAUCAGACAGAGAUCUUUUUCUUGAAGAAGAAUUUCCCACUGGCUUCCAGUGGGCUACUUCCAGUGAAUCCUUCAAGGUUGAAGGUGGCUGGUCAGAAGAUGGGAAAGGAGAAACCAUUUGGGAUCGUUUUGGUCAUGCAGACCAAGUCAUCAACAAUCAGAUAGCAGAUCUAGCAUGUGAUAGCUACCAUAAAGUAGAUUAUGAUGUCUACCUCCUUCGAGGUCUCCUUGUUAACGCCUACCAGUUUUCUAUCUCCUGGGCCCGUAUUUUCCCGUCUGGCCACCAGGGGAGCCAGUCCGACAAAGGCGCUCUUUAUUAUGACAAACUGAUCAAUGCUCUCAUUGACUCUGGCAUAGAACCUGUUGCCACCCUACACCAUUGGGAUCUGCCCCAGGAACUCCAGGACUAUGGUGGAUGGACCAAUGCCUCCAUAAUUGAAGCCUUCAAGGACUAUGCUGACUUCUGCUUCUCCAGGUUUGGAGAUAGGGUCAAGACCUGGAACACUUUCAGUAGCCCGUGGGUAGUGAGUCAUGCUGGGUAUGGAACUGGUGAGCAUCCCCCUGGAAUAAAGGACUAUGUGGUGUCCUCCUACCAGGCCACUCACAAUAUGCUCAAAUCCCAUGCUGAGGCCUGGCAUGUCUACAAUGAUAAACACAGGAAGAAACAGGAAGGGAAAGUGGGCAUUGCCCUGAUAUCAGACUGGGCUGAACCCAUGGACCCCUCCAGACCUGAAAACAUAGCAGCCACUGACCGCUACCUUCAGUUUAUGCUGGGCUGGUUUGCCCAUCCCAUAUUUGUUGAUGGGGACUAUCCUGCAUCACUCAAGACUCAGAUUAAACAGAAAAGAAAUGAUUGUCCCCUCUCUGAGCCAGCAAGACUUCCAGUUUUUAGUGCAGAAGAGAGACAGAGGAUACGGGGAACAGCUGACUUCUUUGGAUUGAACCACUACACCUCGCGCUUGAUCAACAGCAGUGAUGGUGGCUGCAUGCCUGGACCUCAGGGGGUGGGUGACUUCCAGACCCAUGUUGAUCCCUCCUGGUCUUCUACAGCAUCUGACUGGAUUCAUUCUGUACCUUGGGGCCUUAGAAGACUUCUCAACUACAUUUCUACAGAGUACCUAAAUGUUACAAAAGUGCCUGUCUAUAUAACAGGAAAUGGAAUGCCCACUGAAUACAAUGUGGACACGUUCAAUGACACCAGUCGAAUAGAGUACAUGAGGAGUUACAUCAAUGAAGCACUUAAAGCAAUACACUUUGACGGAAUUGAUGUGCAGCGUUUCACUGUACAGUCACUCAUGGAUGGGUUUGAGGGUCCACAAGGCUACAGUGAACGAUUUGGGUUGCAUCAUGUCAACUUUGAAGAUGCUGACAGGCCAAGAACUCCAAAGCAGUCUGCUUAUUUUUACUCUCAGAUUAUCAGGCAUAAUGGAUUCAAUUUGAAAAAUGGUCAUGACUUUAGACGGUUGGAUUUUCACCUGACAAGACAUCAGCAAGCUUUAUCACCAUCUGAUGUUCCGUCCAAAGCUAAGGUUGUUUGGGAGAAGUUCUCACGGCAGUCAAACUUCCAACGAAAGCUCUACCACUAUGGUACUUUUUCACAAGGUUUCCAGUGGGGAGUGUCAUCUUCAGCCUACCAGAUUGAGGGUGGCUGGAAUGCUGAAGGUAAGGGAGUUAGUGUCUGGGACACAUUCACCCAGAAACCUGGCAGUAUUCCUGGUAAUGCCAACGGAAAUGUAGCAUGUGACAGCUACAACAGACUAGAAGAAGAUCUUUAUAUGCUUCGGGCUUUGAAGGUAAAGUCCUACAGAUUCUCUGUAUCUUGGGCCAGGAUAUUUCCCAAUGGUCAGCGUACUUCCCUGAACCAAAGAGGUGUGGACUACUAUAAAAGACUCAUUGAUGGCCUCUUAGCGCAUAACAUCACACCUAUGGUGACACUCUUCCAUUGGGACCUUCCUCAAGCUUUGCAAAAGCUAAAUGGCUGGGAAAAUGUUAAUAUGAUAGACAUUUUCAAUGACUUCUGUGACUUCUGCUUUGCUACAUUUGGGGACAGAGUCAAGUUUUGGAUGACCUUCAAUCAGCCACAUACAAUCGCAUGGUCAGGAUAUGGACUUGGUGCAAUCCCACCAAACAUUAAGAAGCCUGGGGAUGCCCCAUACAGAAUUGCUCACAACCUUUUAAAAGCGCAUGCCAAGGCCUACCACACAUAUGAUGAGAAAUAUCGCAAAUCUCAGGGUGGUUUGGUUUCGAUUGUCCUUAAUGCUGAUUGGAUUGAACCCAAAGAUGUCAACAUUGCUCGGGAAGUGGUGGCUGCUGAUCGCGCUUUACAGUUUCAGCUUGGCUGGUUUGCACACCCUAUUUUUAAAAAUGGUGACUAUCCUGAUGCAAUGAAGUGGCAAGUAGGAAACAAAAGUGAACUUCAAGGUCUUUCAGAGUCCCGACUUCCCUCCUUCGCUGAAGAGGAAAAGGCCUACAUCAGGGGGACUGCUGAUGUCUUUUGUGUCAACCAUUACACCACCAAGGUAGUAAGACACGUCACAGCAAGACUUUCCCCUCCAUCUUAUGACUACGAUCAAGAUUUAGAUGAGGGAGAAGAGGGAGAUUCACCAACCUCUGCCAUCAGCAAACAGAGAGCAGUAGCAUGGGGUUUGAGAAGGCUCCUUAACUGGAUUAAAGAGGAAUAUGGAGACCCAGAGAUUUACAUCACUGAGAAUGGAGUUGCUACAGACAAAAAGACCACUUUGGAUGACUUUGGCAGAGUAUUCUACUACAAGACCUACAUUGAUGAGGCUCUGAAAGCCUAUGAUCUGGAUGGUGUGAAAGUUCGAGGAUACAUAGGAUCUUCUCUGAUGGAUUCCUUUGAGUGGCUCAAUGGUUACACAGUAGGAUUUGGACUCCACCAUGUAGAUUUCACUAAUCCAAACCGACCAAGGACAUCCAAAUACUCUGCUCACUACUACUACCAAGUAAUUAAGGACAAUGGCUUUCCUAUUCCAGAUGUUGAGAAGCCACUUUAUGGAAACUUUUCUAAGGACUUUAUCUGGAGUACAGCAACAGCAUCAUAUCAGAUUGAGGGAGGCUGGAGAGCAGAUGGAAAGGGUCUCAGUAUCUGGGACAAGUUUGCCCACACUCCCCUGCGGGUGUUAAACGAUGACACAGGAGACGUAGCCUGUGACAGUUACAACAAGGUUGAGGAAGAUGUUGCUAUGCUAAAGCAGCUUAAGGUUACCCACUACCGUUUCUCCAUAUCCUGGUCCAGGGUGCUUCCUGAUGGCACCAUCAAGCACAUCAACAAGGCUGGCCUUAACUACUACCAUAGGCUGGUGGACACACUACUCGCUGCAAACAUUCAACCUCACAUUACCCUCUACCACUGGGAUCUUCCUCAAGCCCUCCAGGAUGUCGGGGGGUGGGAAAAUGAUACCAUCAUUUUCAGAUUUAGGGAUUAUGCUGACCUCAUCUUCAGGCAUCUUGGUGAGAAAGUGAAAUUUUGGAUCACCAUCAAUGAGCCCUACAAUAUAGCCAAUGUGGGCCAUGGCUAUGGAGCAGCUGCCCCAGGGAUCAGUUUCAGGCCAGGCACUCUGCCAUACAUUGUUGGUCACAACCUGAUCAAGGCACAUGCCGAGGCCUGGCACCUUUACAAUGACAAAUAUCGGGCGACACAGAAGGGAAUCAUCUCCAUCACCAUUAACUCUGACUGGUCGGAGCCCAGAAACCCAUACAAGCAGGAGGAUAUCGAUGCAGCAAGACGUGUGGUGCAGUUCUACAUUGGCUGGUUUGCCCAUCCUAUAUUCAAUGGGGACUACAACAACAUGAUGAAAGCAAUUAUUCGUGAGCGAAGCUUAGCGGCUGGCUUGUCUAAAUCAAGACUUCCCGAGUUUACCCCUGAGGAGAUAAAGAGGAUUAAAGGAACCUAUGAUUACUUUGGCUUCAAUCAUUACACCACUGUUUUGGCAUUCCCUGUCAACUAUGGAGGCCUACAGCACUAUGACGCUGAUAGGGGGGCAGGAACAAUUGCUGAUCGCUCAUGGCUGGAUUCAGGCUCUUCCUGGCUGAAAGUGUCACCAUUUGGAUUCCGGAGAAUUCUAAACUUCAUUAAGGAAGAAUAUGGGAACCCCCCCAUCAUCAUUACGGAGAAUGGCAUGUCAGAACGAGGGCCUGUAGACCUGAAUGAUGAAUAUAGGACCCACUACUUUGAAAAAUAUAUCAAUCAGGCACUCAAAGCCUACUUACUGGAUGAUGUUGAUAUUCGAGGAUACACGGCUUGGUCACUGAUGGACAAUCUAGAAUGGGCCACUGGGUUUUCAGAGAGAUUUGGCCUUUUCUAUGUCAAUCGCUCUGACCCUAAGCUGACGCGUGUAGCUAAGAACUCUGUUGUCAGCUACUCCACUAUCAUCACCUGCAACGGAUUCCCAGACCCUGCCAUAGGACCCAAUGAAUGUUUGAACCCUGAACCUGAAGGAACGAGUGAAACGAUCACAUCUCCAAAUAUUAACAAUACUGUGACAUUCUUGGGGAUGGCGCUCUUCCCCAGCCAUGCUGAGACUGGUCUUUACACCAUAUUUGCAUUACUCAUUGUAGCAAUUCUUGGUGGGCUUUCUGUGUCCUAUUGCUACCUAAAGGCACGAAACAAAUCAAAGAGGACAUUUUCGAAAGAAACUCUGCAAAUGAAGCAUCAGUUCUAAAUGCAUAUAUAGCGCUUCAAAUUAACUUAAUCGUAAAUUAUCUCAGUAAAUGUAUUUUAAAGAAAAUGUGAAAGAUGUGGGAGUGAGACCUUCAGAUCAGAGCCAUAUAGUGCAUAACUGGAUUCAUCCAUCCAUUAUCCAAACCGCUUAUCCUUACUCAGGGUCGUGGGGAUAACUGGAUUCACUGUGGUGAAAUGUAACUUUUAUCAAAUAGCUGAUAUCUUUUUUCGAAAGACGCCUUUUAAUUCCCCCUCGGAAACAGGAAUACACGUACACAUCAACUAAACUAUCCGUGAACAGUGCAGCAGAUCAGUAGUGGACAUUUGUCUAUUUGGGGGGAUCAGAUGUGCAGGCUUAAGCCUUUAGAGGGUUCUUUGGGGCUUUUAGAACUACUCCCAGUCCCUCGGGUUAAUACGUAAAUCUGGCUCAGAUAAGCGUACCUUACCAGUUCAAAGCUGCAACAAGAAGUUUUGGAUGGAAGUUUUGGACACCCCUGUGGACAAAAGAUGUAGUGUUUUGCAGAAGAAUGACUUCAUAUCAUUUAAACAUUGCCUCUUGUUGCAAAGCUCUACAUUCAGCCUUUGGUAACUCGUGCAUUUGUUUUGGAGAUUGAGAGAUGAAGUGGUGUUUUGGAAAGAAAAAAAAAACAGCUGCUUGUAAGUUACACAGUGAUGAUGUAAUGUGGCUAUGUAUCCCCUCUGUGUGCCAUACAUUUUUUGGUUAAAUUACAUAUGCUGUGUCAUUCACAACAACUGAGCCACAAGUGAUACUGGAAUCAUAUGAAGAAUAUAAGCAUAUAAUUAACAAGAAAGCUGCUAUUGUGGCAUUUAAUUAGGAUGGCGCCAGGAUGCCGCCUGCCAAUCAACUGCCUUCAAUGCAAACAGGACAAGUCAGCUGAUCUGACAACAUGGCUUUCAGUUGUAUUGUUAGAAUAUACUAUAAUACAGACAUGGACCUAAUAGAAUGAUUUUAUUUACAUCAGACUUUUCAGGGCAUUACUUGAAUGCAAAGUAUCGUGAUUUAUCCAUGUAGUACUUCGCAUUAUUGUCCCAAAGGAUGACAUUGCAGCUUGGUGUGCAGCAGUUUGCAAACAUGAACUUGCUCAAUAUUGAAUCAAUUUAAAAUAAUCUGCUACCCAUUGCUUAGUUUGACUCCUAACAAUUAUAGCAACAAACAAAAAAAUCAGUUUUCCUUUAUACUUACUCCCACCCAGGUUUGGCUCAAAGCAUAAACAACCAUUAUCGUUAUUAAUAUACUGCUGGCAUUUAUACAACGUUGCUUUAUGUAAUGGAAUUAUCCAGGGUGUUAAUAAA